GUUUUGAUUUUCUUUUUUUUUAUAUUCAACUCUGUUGUUGCUGUAUAACUUUCAGAAAAUUAAAUACAAGCCCGGAUAAUAUUAGUGGAGAGAGAUUUGUGCACUCUGUCAGGAAAGCAACAAAGCGCCAGCAAUAAACAGGCCGCAGGCCAAGUGUAGCAAGAGAAUUGUCAAGACACUUGCAGUGUCAUUGACAACUGUGCGGCAACAACAGGACAAACGCAAUUAUGGCUAAUCCCUAUGAACCGACCACAAUGACAGCAAUGUCAAACACAAGCCAGGACAUAUCGGCAGCAACGACAACGACAACAACAACAACAACAACAGCGACAACUGCAACAGCGACAACAACCCUCAGUUAUACCACAGAUAGCAGCAGGAAUAUCAGCAGCGAAUUGGAGUACAUGUCCGUUGAGGACGAGGAAAUGUUGCACAUUGCAUUCCUCAUCAGCGAUUUCGUGAAUAGAUACUAUGUGCCCAUCAUCUGUUGCACGGGCAGCAUCGGCAACAUACUCUCCGUCUUUGUCUUCUUUAUGACGAAGCUGCGCAAGUUGUCAUCGAGCUUCUAUUUGGCCGCAUUGGCCAUCAGCGAUACCUGUUUCCUGUGUGGCUUAUUCAUGCAAUGGCUAAAUUUCCUCAAUGUGAACAUCUACAAUCAGAACUACUUCUGUCAAUUCUUCACAUUCAUCAGCUAUUUGGCCAGCUUCUGUUCUGUGUGGUUUGUGGUUGCCUUCACCGUGGAGCGUUUCAUAGCAGUCAUGUAUCCGCUUAAGCGGCAAAUAAUGUGCACCGUUCGACGAGCUAAAAUCGUCUUACUUGGCCUCACAUUGGCCGGCUGUGUGCAUUGUGUGCCUUACAUAUUGAUUGCCAAGCCCGUCUACAGUCCCAAGCUGAAUGAUACCAUCUGCGAUCUGAACACCUCGUAUAAGGGUAUACAGUACCAGUGCGUUGUACAAAGACCGCAAGUAAAACUAAGGCAGACAGUUUCUUUUCUUUUCUACCGCAACACAAAAGGAGAAUGCCAAACAAUUGCUAAAGAAGCACAGUCGAAACGUGCCCACCCAUCCAACAUUGGUUAUGGGCGUGUCCGAUUGGUAGUCACACGGACAAAAAAAAAAGAAGAAAAUUCCGCACACACAAAAGGAAAAGGUCCUGACUGAAAAUUCGCUUGGGAGGUGUUCGUUAAAUCUCGAAUUUCUGUUUACAUUACGUUUUAUGUUGACGCUUUAUAACAAUAUCUGACAAGGGGAGGCCCUGAAAUUCAAUGCUAAUUUCCAGACAGUGCAAGUCAAACAAGCAAAACAAAAUGUCCAACCACCAAAAAAAAAACAUAUUUCCCGAAAAGCGAUCGCAUCUAUUAGCCAAAUUGGGCCCGGCGACAACUGAAGCGUUAAGUUUUUAACAAAGCCGCGCCCAUCAAGAUAAUAAAGUACCCAUUUGUUUGUUGUUGCUAUUGUUGUUGUACACAUUCAAGUUCAAUAUGUACAUCUGAGACAUUCAAAUUCAAUCAGUAACGAGAAAAUACGAGCGAGAGAAAGAAAAUAAAAUAAGAACGACGACGAGACAAAAAUUUGCUGCCGGCGAACGUGUCGUAUGAGCGAUGCGCCCAUAUUUAUCAACGGGCGGGGGGGUGCUUCGCCUUGCCACAUUGUUGCAACAUAUUCGAGCCUGGCCUGCGCUGUAGAUCGAUGGCUGUGCGUGGGGUUUUCGGUAUUGACGGCAAACAAUAUUGAAAAUUGGAUAUAUUUGUGGAUGGGUGAAGUUAAAUUUGGAAAAUAUGCAAAGCAACAACGUAUUUUAUUUUCUUCUAUUUUCUUGGACUCGGUUGACAUUGUGUGCGCUUUGAAAGGAGCUGCUAAUGCUAAAGCAUUUGAUACAGAGAAUCUGCAAAUUGGCCGGAAAGUUAGCCAUGUGCAAAGGCGGCAGGCG